GCCCAAACAUCAGAGUUGAAGAAUAGAAGGAUUUUAGCUUUUGAUUUCGGGUGACCCAUCAAUUUAAUGGGUCGACGUCGGCUAAUCAAAACCACCGUAGCGGAUGCAAGUAGGGAUUUAAUAAGUCCUCUCCCGGUAGAGAUAAAGCACAGAAUUUUGGAGUGUUUGCCCACCCAAGACGCUGCCAGAACUGCUCUACUCUCAAACCACUGGAAUGAUGUUUGGUUGCAGCAUGGGAGGCUUGCAUUCGAUUGUGACUUCACAUAUAGUGUCGAUGAGGGCCACGAUGAUGAAGGCAGAACUCUAGUUGACAUAAUAAAUGAUAUUCUCCUAUCCCGUGCUGGACCGGUUAAGAAAUUUACUCUAGGGAUUAAUAAUUAUUAUCCUGAGCUGCGGCAGUCUGAUUUCAAUAGGUGGUGUCUUUUUCUAUCAAGAAAUGGUGUGGAGGAGCUUAACAUAGGAUUUUUUAAUAGAGAUACUGAUUAUAAGCUACCAUUUUGUAUACUCUCGUGCCCCACAAUUAAGCAACUGAGUGUCGAUGUUACCUCUAUUGAUUUGCCGGUAAAUAAUGUUGGUGGUAUAUUUUCCAAUGUGACUUCAUUAUUUUUCCAGGCUGUUGAAUUUAGACGCACUGUUAAUGGAACUGCCUCUAGUAUUAGUAUUCCUAACCUUGAGAGGCUGAAUUUCUUAGAUUGUGUAGGGAUUACUAAAUUUGAGAUCAGCGCUUCAAAACUUGAAAUGUUAUCUGUUCGUAAUUCUGUGCAUGAUGUGGUUGAUUCAAGAUGGUUGACACCACAUUUGAAAGCAAUUAAGGCUCUUUGGUUGUGUGACUCUUCCUUGCCGUAUAUGGACGCAUCUUUGUUUGCGACUGCAAUAAAUCUCCAAGUACUGGGGUUGGAUGACUUAAGUUUUGGUAGUGAGAAUCAGCUCGCCGUUGUUAUGCAAUUGCUUCAAAAGUGCCCCAACCUAUGUGAAUUGGGAAUUAUGGCUGAUCAGGCAGUAUGCAAACGUGAUAUAGAAGCUGCUUCAAGUCUUUUGGAGGAUCUAGAUGGUUGCUUUAUUGUUCAGGAUCUAAAGAUGCUUAACACAAUCAAGAUUGAAUCAUUUAAUGGAUCAACAAAUGAAAUGCUUUUUGUAAAAUUGCUGCUCUCAAAUUCCCCCGCACUAGAGAAAGUUGUUAUUAUGGAAUAUCAUUAUAUUGACAGAUCCGUAGCUGUCAGAAGCCAAAGGGAGUUGUUGCGUUUUCCUCGUGCAUCUCCAAAAGCCCAAAUUAUUUGCAUGGAACACGAUCGCUCUAUGUUGGGUUGGGCCAUGGGCGAAUUGUGGUCAAUAGGGGCUUUGAUGUAAAGAUGAUAAAAGCGUAGCUCUGGUGAACAUGAUAAAUGACAGUCGAUCUCUUGCGCCAUGCCUGUCGGCCGCCGUGUUAAGAAAUUUACUCUCUGCACUCCCUGUGGAGUAAGAAACCGAUCCUAUAGAGUAUAUAUUUGGCAAUCAUGAUUUUCUUUUUCCUUAAUUUCCUCAUGGUUGUACUUAAUUUUCAUUUCUUGUUAAGUUGUAGACGUGUUUAUCUGAUGAGAUAAGGACUUUAGGAAUUGAGUAUUGUGCAGCUCCAUUGCAUGGUUUAAAGUAGAAAUGUAAUCAAUGGUUGUCCUGAAUUGUUGUAAACAUCUGUAAGACAAGGAUGACAUCUUAUUUUGCUAA